UGAAGAAAAUAAAAAUGAUGAUGUCGUUGUUGAAUAUGAAGACGUUGUUGAAGUCAUUGCUACUGAUGAAGAUGAGUAUGAAGAUAAUGAUGUUGAUGAUGAUUGUAAUGAUGAUACUGAUGUGGAUGAUGCUGAUGGAGAUAUUGAUGCUGUAGUACUUGUCGUCGUUGAUGUUCUUGAUUAUGUUGCCACUGACGCUGACGCGGGUGCGAUGUGUGAGGCAGCUACAUUAGGACGUACAAAUUGGGAAAAGGAAAAGGAAGGGUAUGUGAAG